AUGGCCGACUUUCUCUCUCGUGGUUCCUCAUCAACUCCCGCAGACAUGACUGCCAAAAAGGAAGCCGUUAUGAACCAAGUCCGCAACGAGCUGGCACUCGCGAACGCCCAAGAACUCAUGAACAAAGCUGGAGAGCGUUGCUUUGCGAAAUGCGUGACGAAGCCAGGGGAUUCUCUCUCGAGUUCAGAACAGACAUGUCUUUCGAGGUGUCUUGACCGUUACAUGGAAGUCUUUACCAUCGUGAGUAGGACUUACACUGCUAGACUCACCAGGGAGAGAGAGGGACAACAGAACGGGGGAUUCUCGAAUGUAUCAUAA